UGAUAUUGUAGUCUAUCGUCAAACUCUGUUAUUCCGCGCGGCACCGUGUUUUCACCGCUACGUCUCUGUUGUCGCUAAACUCGAAGGACUCACUGGAACCUCGGUUUGCUAAUAAGAUGAUAUUCUUGUCAUUCAAACCUAUUCAUCUCCUCGGACUUCUUGUGCUUGGUGGUAGGUAAAAAACAGACUUCUUGAGCGAGUCCCAGAGAUGGACCCGGACUCCGCAGCCCCUCCUCAGCGCGUGCUGGAGUCACUCGACAGGAAUGCCGCCGCAUCCGAAGGCAACUGCGAAUAUUUACAGUCUGUUAGUAGCGAAUCGAGCUCAUUCAUCAUGGUUCAGGCCAAAAGUCGUCUCGAAGUGCCAUCCAGGCUGUGGGUGACAGCGGUUGUGGUCAUCGUGAUUGUCCUUCAAGUCGCCUCGACCACAGGACUCUUCAUAUACUUAAACAUGUCAAUGGCAGAGGCUCGGACACAAGGUGUGGUGGAGGAGCUGAGGUGCUUGGGUCUUCUGAACGCUCUGGAGAAAGAACAGGAUGUGCCUGAUGACCUGGUCCAGCUCUUUGGUGAGCCAUGCAUUAAACUGGCCGAAGGACUCAAAGCUUACAUCUCCAAGGUGACAGAAAACGUCAUCUCGAAACACACCUUUCAAGAAAGAGUCGCUAUCCCUCCACGUACAAAAUUACUCACCACCGGCAGCCCACGGCCGUCAGCUCAUCUUACUCUCAGAGACAGUGGACUGCAGGGUACGACAUCCUUAACCCCUCAGACUGACCUUCACCAGUCCUGUCGCCAUCCCGUUCGUUCCUGGGGGAACCAGAGUUUCGGCUCCCACCUGCACAACAUGACUGUGUCCAACGGACGCCUGCGUAUCCCUCGCGCAGGCCGCUACUACCUCUACGGCCAAGUCUACUUCCGUUAUCUCACCCUCUCCAUCGACGAUCACCACUCGGGCUCUGACAGCCACCAGGUGGUGCAGUGCGUCUACAAGAAGACCGCCUACGCCCGCCCUAUUCAGCUCCUGAAGGGUGUGGGCACCAAAUGUUGGUCUCCAGACAGCGAGAACGCCCUUCACUCCAUCUACCAGGGGGGCCUGUUUGAACUUCGUGCAGGCGACGAGAUCUUCAUCUCUGUGUCUUCUCCCACAGCUGUGUAUGCAGAAGACUCCUCCAGCUACUUUGGGGCCUUCCUGUUUGACCUCUGAGGGACGCAGUUGGGGCUUGUGGUCUCAUUCUAAGGGAGAGGAAAUGGUUUCUGUCAAAAGGCCCCACAUGGGAACCAGGAAGAGAGGGAAGCACAGAUACUCCAGCAUCUGAGGGGUUCAAAAGACCAAAUAACUCAGAAAACCAUCAAGUUAUUGUGGUCUGAGGACCGUUUGACAUUCAUAGGCUGAAUUUUAAGAAUCAGUAGAGUGAGAAACUCUGGGAUCCCAUCUGAAUGGGCAGAUCAUGAGCAAAUCUGUGAGGGCUUGUAAAGACAUUUCUGAAAACUACAAUGACCUUCACUAUUUAACCACAUAAAAAGCCAAAAUAGUUCCUUCAAAUUAAGACUUUCACCUUCAACAAAUACACAAAACUUUGUGCAAGCUGCUAUUUGUGCACGCAAACCAUACAAGACUAAUAGUUUCCCACUUUCUUUUGAUGUUAUACUGUUUGUAUUGUUCAUUCUUUCCUUAAAAGACUGUCUGGGGCAUUGUGACUAAUCAUGGACUUAAAAGUCUCCAGUUAAAUAAAGCAAGUUGUUUUGUUGCCACACAUACUGCUUUAUGAGUCAAACCUGCCAUUCACUGACAUCUGUAGUAAAAUCCAGCAAAAAAUAGGGUUGGAUGAAGAGUGAGAAUUUGCACGACUCAAUUUAUCAAAACAAUCCAAAGUUAAACUAACAUUUUUCAAAAGAAUGCCAUUUUCCUGAAGCUCCAGGACAGACAGGCAUCUUGAAAUAAUUUUGAGAAACACGAGGAACAGCAACAAAUAUCACACCUUAAAGGGCAUGUUACGUUAUUAUAUUUCAUGUAGUGCUUACAAAUAAAUUACAAUGAUAAUGAGGCAUUCAUAUUUAACACUAAUGGAUAAUGCUGACAUAAACAAAUUUACACAUUUUAAACAAUAAGUAUAAAGAACCCCAAGAAAUGACAGCACACAACAAUUACAUAUUUUCUGAACAUUAAUUAGUAUGGAUGUUCUUAAUAAAGUGGCCCUUUAUUUAUCAAAAUGAGUGACAUUUUGAUUAAAAAAAUGGAAAUACUGUGAAAGUUAGCUAAGGAAUGAGAACAAACCAAGCUAAUGUGCCACUUCAGGUGUUUUAAGCACUGCUUACAGAGAUAUUAGCAUUCACUCAGUGUCCCACUGUGAGUUUCAUACAUAUAAAAGUGGUGUGCUAGCAGAGAAAUGCAAAAUAUUCCAAAAAAGAUUGAGCCAAACAGAUGCAGGCUUAAACACUAAAAUGGAAACAUCUGGGUUGAUAUGCGAACAAUAUAAUUACAUGAUUCAGAUGACUACAUAUUGCAUGCUGAGGUUACAUUUGGACAUGCAUGUGAUAGGAAUAUAAAUGAUACAGGCAAUGCAUAAAAGCAGCAUUUGUUGAUGGAGAAAACGUGUACCAUUCAGCCAAGAUUCAGAUUUUUCUUUUUUUUUUAAUUAUAGGAUAAUUAGAGAUUGUGAUAAGAGAAUUAAGAGAGAAUUCAGAAUUUGAAGGUAAAAAUCUGACUUAAAUUAACAGUAUAAUGUGAUUGCACAAACAUAGUCCAAAAAUAAUGCCAACCUAACUUGCAUAGAGAGAUGCUACAUAAUGUGUAGUUUUAACAGUGGUAUUAAAACAUUUGAUAACCACAUAGUGUACUGAUCAAAGGUUUCAGGUUAGUACUUUGUUUUUUUUUGUUU